ACUACGAUGGAAGCACAUUUUGUAAACUUAAGUUGAUCGAUGCUAUAUGAAAUUUACAAAAAAAGGAUAGAGACAUGGACACUAUUAGGAAGAUGACAAGCAGAAGAUCUUCACGAGAUUCUAUCGUGACAAGUAGAAACGACGACGUUUCGUCUGAGGCCGACGACGAAGAUUCCAUCGGCACAGUAAAUGAAGCAGUGGUAGAUGAGAAAGCCGACAAAUCGUUCAACUUGCUAGACGAGAUCGACCAGUUCAGAAAGAAAAUUACAAAUUCAACUAGCAAUAAUAAACAGGUAGCAGAAGUGAAUGAAGGUAAGUAUCCGGUACCUUCAUACAAAACGAAAAACAAUUUAAAGUCGGUUUUAAUUCAGUCCACUAAAACUGAAGUUUUAAAUGUAAACGAUAAGUAUAACCGCAAGAGACGCUACGAUGCUGCUGGAAAAUAUCGCAUUGGUCCGUCCUUUAUCACAAAAUCAAGACUGGCUUAUGUUGACGAGCAUAAACCAGCUAAGUUGUCAGUCAUUCCAGAUCCCCAUUCAAAGUCACUUGAAUUUGGUCUGUUAACGUACAUGUGGACAUUCACAGAUCAACAUGAUAAACAAGAAAUCGAUUUGAGUUUUUUGCAGUCACUAGUUGACUCAGGUGUCAAUAUCAAUUGCCGUGACGAACACGGGCAGACAAUUUUACAUGCUAUUGUAAGAGAUUGGCAUACUGACGUGGUUUUAUUUGCUAUACGGAAUAAUGCUGAUGUGAAUGCACAAGAUAAUUUGGGAAGGUCACCCUUGCAUCUGGCAGCAGCACUAAACGGAGCUGAAACUACACGACUUUUACUCUUAAAUGGAGCUAGAGUUGAUGUACAAACAAAAAAUACCAAUCAAACACCAAUUCAUUAUGCCGCAAAAUUCAACUCAUUAGAGACCAUGAAAAUGCUUAUUCGAUUCCAAGCAAGUAUCACUCAAAGGGAUGGGAAGAAUAAGACGGUCUUAUUUUUAGCUGCAGAAUCAGGAAGCAUUGAAACCGCAAAAUUUUUGCUGGAUAUUGGUGCACCUGCCGGAGUUUAUGACAGUGAAGGAAAUUCUCUGAUUGGUCACUUGUUAGAAAAAAUGCCACAUGUUGCGAAUCGAGCACUUUAUCAACUCAUUAUAACAAAUAUGUCGUCGAAACGAAGUGAAAUGUAUUUAAGCUAUUUGGAAAGCAAUACAAAGGGGAAGGCUGCCAUGGUAUCUAAAAGCCCAUUGGAGAUCAUCACAAUAUAUGAAGAUAUCAACUUGAUAAUGCAUCCUGUCAUACAGAAAGCGAUUGAAGUCAAGUGGAAUUUGUUUGGUAGAAACGACACUCUGCGAAAGUUGUUCAUAACCUUCCUCUACUUGACUUGCUGGCUUAUUCUUGCUUCUACAUUCAGUGACAGCAAGGAAAGAGAAUAUUAUAAACCCUAUGAUAAAUAUGCAUGGAAAAUUGUACCAGAGGCGUUGAUAAUUAUUUUUGCCAGCUAUUUCUUUUAUAAGGAUUUUGCUGUGAAGAAAGAUGCAAUUAAGUAUCACAGAGCCUGGGUUGAAUGGAGACAACAUUUGGUUCGAUCUAAUUACCUGAACUGCCAUCCUGCGUGGCCAGGUGAUCGAGAAAAUUUAGAAUCUGAAACAGAAAGGAUUCGUUCUGUACCAAGUUUAGCAGGAAGAGAGAAAUUUUGGUUUGCUUAUGAGUGGAUUAUGUUGAUCAUUUUAGCUGCCAUCAUCAUCACACGAGUUUUAGACAUGUUACUCGACGAAACUGGAAUGUUUAUCGCACAUAAAUGUGUGUUUGGUUUGGGAAUGCUAGUCUCGUUCGCUCGUGUCUUAAAAAUUUGUAUCCGAUUCCGAUAUUUUGCUGUGUUCCUUAAAAUAGCCAGUCUCGCCAUCACAUCAUUUAUCCAAAUCACGUUUCUGUACCUACAGUUAUUUGUCCCAUUUGUAGCUGCAUUCUGGCUGAUGUUCGGCGAUAGCAACGGUCAGAAAAAAAUUGAUCGGGUACUGGUCAAUUCAAGCAACACGACGACUUCUUUUAAUAUUGGCAGUACAUUCAUUAACAUAGACACGUUUCAAACUUUAAAUAACCUUGAUACAAUAAUUUACACUGUAUACGAAUCAUCGCUUGGUCAAGAACUUAUAUAUGAGUAUGCGUUGAUAGAGAAAAUUACAGGACAAAUUUUGAUUGCUCUUUUCCACGUGUUUGGAACAUUUAUAUUAUUUGCGGUUUUUGUGGCGUUAAUUACGUCAAAAUUCACGACAAACUUCAGACAAUGUGUUGCAGAAGCCUCUUUACUACAAGCCUCUGUUGUGUUGCAACUGGAGAAGAAUUUGAGCAAAAGAGAUAAAGCUAAACUUGCUUCUUAUUAUAAAAAAAGCUGCAAUCCUCUGGUCGUUACAUCAGAGAAUAUAGAAGAGUAUCAUAAACUUGACAAUGCGCUUUCUAAUCUUCAUAUCGCUGAAAGACGCUUGACUGGAAUUGAAAAUGUCGUCCAUGAGAUUGAAGAAAAAUAUCAUCAGAAUGACAGAAGAAGUCAAAUGUCUAUCCUCGAAUCUGUUUUGAAUACAACAGGUAGCGUGGAAGGUAAACAAGACGCAUUUGGGAAAGGACUGAAAACAGGCUUAAAAGAAAUCUAUCAAAAGCAAGAAUAUAUGAACAGAUAUCUACCAAAGUUGUUGAAGCCGCCUUCUACAAGUUAAAUGAAAAACAGGAUGUGUAAUGCAGACGACCAACUGAAAAAAACUUCUUUUGUAUUCAAUAUCCUUGAUGUGCCGCAUGAAUUCUUCUUUGAUUUUCACACCAAGUUGAAAUUCUCUAGACAUACUUCUGAAAACGGAAGAUUCGUUGCGUACUUGUAAUAUUCAAACAAUAGAACAAGAGUAAAUUCUAUUGCGUAACUUCGAAUUCGCUUUGAAGAAAUUGUUGGUAUGUAAUGUGAAACGAAUUUAUGCUGUCAUAGAAGGUCCGACAACAAUAGGGAGGUACUCCACGCUUCUGAUUUUCAGAGGCAGCUUUAAUAGCUUAGAAAACAUUUUUUCUUCUUCUUAACACAGUAAACCUUUAAACCUGAAUAGCAAUUAGCCCGGAAGUGUUAAAUUUCAAAAAAAUAUUAAGGCAGUUUCAGCUAUGGUGCGACUAUCCUUAUUCACUAUAUUGAACCCUCCACUUUCUAAAUCAUUUCAGGGGGCCUACAUGUAUAGAUUAUUUUGUCAGGUUUUAGUAGUUAAGGUAAAAUAUUUGGUUUGUUUACAUUUAUUACCUACCAUUAUUUACAGUAUGACCAUUAAAAAGUUGCGUUUGAAUCUUCUAAGCUGGAUUACCAAUGAAAAUAAUAAUAUAAGUUUUUCGUAAGAAAAUUAGUUGAUUUGAAGUUAUCUGAACAAGAUAAUAAUUAAUAAAAGAUAUCUUUUUAGCCAACCAAUAAUAUCAAAGUAAUGCAUAGCGAUACAAAACGUGGUAUUCUCGUUGUAAAUCCAGCUUUAUACCUCAAAUUACUGUUUUUAUAAACUUGUUGUUUAAUAUUGAAAAACCUUUUUCGGUUUUUGUUUACUGAAAUGCGUUUGUUUAAUAACAUAUUUUGACCACUUCCGUUGCAUUAGCAUCCUGAGGUCUUUUCACCUUUAUCGAGUCUGGAUAUGUAACUUUAACAUUGUUUAUAAAAUCCGAAAAAGCAACUAAAAAUUAAUAAAUAAUUUAGAUUCUUUUUGUGCGAAAUAUACUUUUGAUUUUUCUUCCGAAAAGAAGUAUAUUCAAUUAAUUGCAUGUAAAAAUUGUUAGAAUGUUUUAGUAUCAGUAAUAUUUCUGGAUGCAGGUAAUGUGAAAAAAAUGUUCAAAUGAAAACGUUGUUAUUUUCAUUACAUGGACUUUUAAAAUCAUCAUCGUGCCCCGCCGAAAGAGAGCUACAUAGCACGUUGUGUUUUUCUACGCGGAAACUUUUUGCAUAUUUUGCUUAAGAGGGUUGUAAGGGCAAAAAGUAUUUUUGAAUUUUAAAAACAGAUUUGUAAUUAUUUUUUCUUUAAAGGAGAGACGAACAAAAAAAUCUUUUUUAACAGCCACAAAAUUUUUGGAUAUUCGUGCAGUCGUUAGCCGAGAGUCGAAUAUCUCAACAGAUAUCCGAUAACGAAUGGCAUAUCGGAAAAGUGGAAUGCGGGAUGCCGGAUGAGAGAUGAACGAAGCGGGAUGCGGGAUGCGAAAUGCAAAAAAUUCAUCGAAAUAAAAUACUGACCAUGCCGUUACCGAUCAUCGCGUAGACAUUAUAAUGUAAUAUAAUAUAAUAUAAUUAUAUAUAUAUUAUAUAAGACAAUAUAAUUACAUUAUAAUAUACUACGCCGGAAUUUUUCUAAAAAGAAUGUAACAGUUAGAAAUGCAUGACUUGAUUUUUUUUCGCUUGGUUGGUGAACCUACGAAACAACUUGUUUGACAUUGAACUUUUAAGUAUCCUUUGGCGAGGUGAAGGUCAAUCAACAAAUGUAAAUGCCUCCGAUCUGAAAAAGUAGUGCUUUCGAGCUAUACACUCUGAGAAACAGAAACAAGUCUAUGUGUAAGUGUUUUUUUCAUUGAGUAAGAAAAAGAAAAUUUUCGUAAAUACAAAUUUCCCUUUUUCUUUUUAAUAAAAACCAGAAGUAAAAACCAGGUUUUCACAGCUUAUAGGAUAUAGAAGGUAGACACAACUCUGCAUCUCGUUUUCUCGUUUUUCAACUAUCCGCGCUACAAAUUACGGUCUUCCGAUCAAAAUGAUUAGAAAAAUUAAUCACGCGCAAAUAGUUUGCCAGUGUAGUGUGUUUGAGGCGUUUUAUGAUUGCAAGCUGUUAUUUUUAUCAUUGUGAAUAUUAUUUUGUAUUGUGAAACUCGAUUCUGGAUUUAAACGCAUUUCGAUUAUUCUACUGGACACGAUUUUGUAAUUGGAUUUUAGAAUUUUGAUUUUGAACACA